AUGGAGAAUGAGGCUACCUCGGGGGAGCCAGGCUCAGCGCAGUACCGGUGGAAGGCCGCGCCGGCGGAAAUCCGACCAAGCUCGUGGCCCAUGCGAUCCAACGCCCGACCGAGGUCGGCGCCGGAAUUGGCCUCCGCCGCCAGGCAGGUGAACUCCCCGAAGGCCGCACUCAGGAGGCGCGUGUCCCAUAGAUGCACUGGCGGCCCGGGCGCCGGGUUGCGCAGACUGCGGGCCAUCUGGUGCAUGUCGGCCGUAUACUCCACCCGUGGCGGGAGCAGCCGAAGACGGAAGUUCCGCUGGAGUCGAGCCACCCAGGGGUCGGGUCGGGGCUGCUUGCGAGCGAGGGCCUCGGCAUCGAGCGGGGCAGGGCGCUUGGCGGCCCGGCCGGCCAGCGGGGAAAGGGCCCGGGGCCCCUCCAGCAGGGUGUCCAGGAUGCCGGAACCGGACGCCGGCCGAGGGGCACGCCUUGACCGAGUGGCCGCGCGGAUGGCGGCCGGGGCGCCGGUACUGCUCGGCACGCCGGACAGGGCUGUGAAGAUGCUUGCCCCGAUGGAUCCCGGGGAUGGGCCAGGCGGCGGGGGACUUGCCGAUGGCUGGGCCGGGCCAGGGCCAGGGCCAGCCGGCGGAGUGACAUCCCCCAGACCGAGCACCAUGCCCAGCGCCCGGGGGAGCGAUACCCCAAAGAGGUCGAUGGCCUCGAUGGCCGGCAGGGCGAGGAGACUGUCGAUGCAGCGCCCGGGCAGCGCCGCGGCCUGGAGUUCCGGGCAGCUCCCGAGGCCCAAGCGCCGCAGGCGCGAGCCAAAGAGCAGCAUGCUCCCGGGGCCCGGGGGGAGGGCCGAUUCCCGGCGGAAGGGCGCGCCAAGGGAUUCCAAAAAGUCCGGCCCGAUGCCCCGGGCCCCGGCCAAAUCCAGAGUCACCAGCCCCACACAUCCGGACAGGGCGAUGAGCAGCAUCCGGCUGUCAACCUCAAUGGCCGAUCCGGGCCCGGGGGCUGCCAGCGAGAGGGCCGCCAAAUUGGCCGCACGCACGGCCACCGGCGUACGGAGCAUCGGCCCGGCCGGGGGGCUCCAUUGGCACAGGAGCGGCAGGCGGGCCGGGUGCAGCCACACACAAAACCCCGACCCCUCGGUGGUCCCCUGCCACCGAGCCACCAGGGCGAAGGCCUCCAGCGCGGUCACCAGCGCCGGCGCCAGGACUUGGAAGAGGCGCUCCAGGGGGAUGUGCUCGGUGGUGGGCCCCGGGCUGGCCGUGCCCAGGGCCGUGGCCGUGCCCUUGGCUGUGGCCGAUCUCCCGGCGGGGGGCGAGCCUCCGGGGUCCUGCCAUGGCCCGGGGCCUGCCCGGCGGCUGGACAAGUCCGCCGGCGACAUGACAACCACCCGACUGCCAGCCUCGCCGGGGAUGAAAACCCGGCUGGCAGAGCGCGAGCUACCGGCCGGGGCGGGCUGCGCCUCGGAUCGCGGCGCGGCCAGCGCCUCGAGGGCCGGCAGAAGGACAUGCACGCGGCCCUUGCGCAGGGAGUACCGGGCAUGCAGGUGGAAGACAUCCACCGGCAGGCCCUCCAGCCGUGGGGUGUGCAGGUCCGACGGGUCGCCUAUGAGCCGGGCCCCAUCGGCCGCCACCUGGGCCAGGCCCAGCAGCCGACCCACCGUGGCCAGGAGGUAG